UUGAAUGCAGCAAUGCCUUUCUUUGCCUUUGCCUUUGGUCAAAGUUUGUUUGGAGCAAGGCCAAAGGGCUAGUAGUAGUAUGGUUACGGACUCUUGCCGCCUUUGCAGAGGUGCACUGUCGUGUCGAGAACAAAUUUAUGGUACAAUGUAGUUUUGUAAAUCUUCUCUGGCGAGUGGGGGUCUAACUCAGCCAGGUACUGUCCUUCUCAGCUCAAUCGGACUAUUUUCAGUGGAGUCUUGCAUUCUUACAUGAGAAGAAUUUCGUAGAAAACUCCUUGGACCGUCUUUGCUUAGCUGGGCCCAUUUGACAGUCCUUGGAGGGGCUGUGCGUGCGUGCUCUAGUCUGUGGAGUACAUGGAAUAUCAUGGGCAACACCAAAGGAGAAAAGAGCGCAAGGAAACUCCACGCGAUCGUUGGCAGCGGCGUCCGUCUGAGGAGAGGCUCUCACCCUUGCUGCCACCGCUCACACAGGGCGAACGCAUGCAAGAUGAUCCCCGUGGCAACGUUACCGCAGUGCGUCACCCGUACACUCCAGACGCAGCACGCUAUGCAUCUCGGUCGACCUCGCCAUUCUCCAGGCAACUACCCCCAGCAGCGGCGGCGGUGGCAGCAGUAGCAUCAGGACGUCCAACACCGGACGUAUCUCUUCCAGGCAGCAGCCCGUUUCCUGACGGCUAUGCUGCUGACGGUACGCCUCGUUUGGACACGCGUGCGUACAGGAAACGACGUCUGCAGUCCCAUCCAAAGCCGAGGCCAGUCAUUCUGCCUCCAAUGCCGCCAUAUGUUUUCAUGCCACCCGGCCAGCAGCAACAGCAGAUACCAUGGCAACUGCAUGACACCGCCAGGGACGGCGAGCGACGUCAUAGUGCCGGUCGUCACGGCGGCAACAGAGUCGGUGGCAGGCACGGGGGUGGACUAGCGGCGGAGGCUGGACCCGGGUAUCCGUAUUACCAGCCGCCCGCCCAGUACCAGUAUUACCCUGGCAUGCCACCGCCGCCACUAGCCGCAACAGCGUCAGUACCAGCUGCCGCAGCUUAUCAACCCUGGGCAGCCCCGGGUCCGAUGGCCAAUCCUGGAUUCUGGCCUGCACCACCACCCUACUACCCUGGUGCACCCAUGAUGAUGCUGCCACAGCCUGGUGUGUAUCCAGCCGAUUGGUCAAGCACUGUAGCAGAUGUGCGUGGCGGCAACUCCAGACCAUCUGCACACCUCUCCGGCAAUGUCUCGCCAAGCUGGAAUCGACUGCUAAUUGCUCUUCAAUCUAAAUCGCUGGCGCACGCUGUUGUGGACGAUGUACUGGAGCGGUGUCUGGCUGAUGACAUUGUGCCUGGCAUUCUCAUGGACGUCUUCAUUGAACUGGAUGCAGACAAGCGCACCAAGGUGUUUACUGCUGGCCACGCAGCAAGCAUUGUUGUGGACACAGUUCUAGAUGGUAUCAUAGAGACCCUGGUCCCUGGUGUUGUCCAGGAGACUAUGACAGAGCUCGUGCACAGUUAUCUUCUUCGUUCUCGGCAGACCUGUGCUGAAGAGGUCACUGACUACAUACUGGGCAUUAUCCUGCAGCCAGCAGUCACUAUGGUUGUCAAGGAAACCGUGUCGGAACAGGCGCAGCUGUACAUGUACCAGGCUCGUAGUGAGCGCGUUGCCAUGGAGAUAGUGGAGGCGUGCGUGGCCGAGGCUUGUGCGGAGGAGGCCCGUAAGGCUGUAUGCGAUUGCUACACGGAUAGUCUGCUCUGGAGUGUGUACGGUGACAUUGUUAGCCACACUGUUCUCGACAUCAGUGCUACUGUGAUGGAGGAGGAAGUUCACAGACUUGGUCAUCAGCAGCUUCAAGAGGUUUCAUCGUUUGCCUCUUCUUGGCUGCUGGACAAGUUGAUAUUGGAGCGGCUACUGCAGCACAUUGCCGCUGGAGGAAAUCUGCUCGUUCAGCAAUCAGCCAGAGAGCGAUUCUUAGAAGGCGUAAUACUGGAGUCACUUCUUUCUCGCUACUGUAGCUUUGAAGACGCUAUGGCCAUUGAAAGGUGUCCUCCUCUGUCACUUCUACACACUGAUCUAUUCAAUGAAACGGCUGUAGAGAUGUUGCUGGAUGAAUUCACGCAACAUGCCGAGCAAGACAUCAAGGACUAUGCUCUCUGGCAGCUGGAGGGUUCUGCCGGUGACAAGGCGCCUCCAUAGCGGCACGUGUGCGGCAUCUGAGUUGCUCGGAAUUGCUGCCGUGACAUCAAGUGUGAGGCACCUUUGUGCCGCCGACUUAAACACUACAUUCCGGUGCAGUCCGGGCCUUGUGACUCCUAGCCGCGUGGUUUUGUGCAGAACUGGAGCAUCUCAGGAUUGCCAUUGUACCGUCAGCUGUGCAGACCAAGUGUGUAGGAUGCUUUAUAACAGACUAUGAUGCUGCGCGGGCCUGUUAUUCCUACCCUACGCUGGUGUGCAAAAUGUGAGCCUCUCAGAAAGGCCGUUGUGAUAUCAUCUGUGCAGAAGAAGCAUGCAGCAAGGUCCUCAUUUCUCUCACCCCUAGCUGAAUCGUGAGGCGGCUGAUCAGACUAAAGCACACCUGUCACAUGUGGCACCGCGCAUGUCUGCUAUGCAGCGCUGUCACCCUGUAGCAGUUUCAACAAACGUUUGCUGUAUCCUGUGAAUGUGAACAAGAGCCACGCACCUCCCCGAUGGCUGUACGUUCACCGAGUCGGACGCCGAUGAGGCGCACUUCCCCAUUCUGUUUUCUACGUUCACCUAGUUGGACAUCCACGACCGCUUGUCCAGUUCAUCCUGCUGCAUCUGACUGGUGCUGCGACUGCUACGCACAACCUUGUGGGAUUGACGUCAUUGCCUCUAUGCGUAUACUAUGCCAUGUGUGCCAUUUGACUGGAGACGAGAAACACGGCUGCUGUGCAUGCACGCUGCAGUUUAUUUAUAUCGUUUGGGAUUCCGAUGUGUUUUACGUAUUCAUCACCAAUUACCUUUCUACAUUAGCUGAGUGAGUUGUAAAGGGAACAAUCACACCUUUACUCGGAUGGAGAGCCAAGGAUAAAUUUAUGGAAAAGAAAAAGGACCAAGGAACUACACGUUAUGCUACGACACGCUGUUAGCCAGUUAGUUGUAGAACGUCAGUACCGUCGGUCAGUGUCGUGCAAUGUUAUCGCAUGAGCUGAUUGUCAAGUAACCGGUGGUGUCAGUGGGCAUUAUAGCGUAACUUGUAGUUCCUUGGUCCUUUUUCUUUUCUAUGAAUCACGCUUGUGAUGAUGAAUGUUGAUACUUGGUAUCAGAUGAUAGAUGUGUGUGUGUGUGUGUGAAAUUUCUAAAAGCCAGGAGGCUCUUUGUGCUCACAAAUUCAAAUCAAAAUAUUUUAAAAGUUGGUAUUUUCGAACAGCUCAAAAUAAUGGCCAUUUUUUAGUUAUUAUAAGCACAGUCUCUCUUAUAUCGUUUGUGUUUGUGAAUACCUAUCUGCACAGUCUCUCAUGUCCUAUAUUCGGUGAAUACCUAUCGUCAUUCUGA